AGUGUUGGCAGAAGUUGAGAAGAAAGCUAAAAUGUAUUCAGCUAUGUCUAUGCAGAUUAAAUGCUCAGUGUGCUUGGGUGAUUUUACUGAUCCAGUUACACUUUCUUGCGAGCACUCGUUCUGCCGGGAAUGCAUCACGGGUCACAUGCAGGCCAGCCUGGGACCAACCACCUGCCCAGAAUGCCAAAAGCCUUAUAACGAAGAAGACCUGAAAUCCAGCCGUUUACUGAGGAACAUGACCUCCACUGUGAGAGAGCACCUUGCUGAGCUCAAAUUGGAUAAAUCUCCAUCUAAAGAAGGAGCAGAAUCCUUAAAGCUCCCAGAAAUGGAAAGGAUGUUGAUGUGCUCGGAACACGAUGAGAAACUUAAACUGUUCUGUGAGACUGAUCAGAAGCUGGUGUGUGUCAUCUGCAGGGAUGGAGACAAACAUAAAGGACACGUCUUUAAACCAGUGAAAGAAGCUGCGCAGAUCAACAAGGGGGAGCUGAAGACAGCGUUGGGUUUUCUUGCCAAAGAGAAUGGACAGCUGGAUUACAUGAUCCAACAACAGACAACUGAGAUCACCAAAACUGAGGGUAAAUCCAAAUCUUUAUCAGCCCAGAUCUCUGCUCAGUUUGAAGAAAUGCACCAGUUCUUAAGACAAAAAGAGGACGAAGUGAAGAAAAAGCUGGAGAAGGAGGAGAAGAAGGUUAUAGAAUUCAUGCAGAAUAAUCAGUCCGUGAUAAACAGAAGAUUCAUGGAGAACAAAGAGAAGGAGAUUAUUCUGCAGUCAGCUCUGGAGAUUGAGCAGCCUGAUCACUUUCUACAGUGGUGGAAUGAAAAAGGAUUUCCAAUGACGAAGAAGAUGAAGCAGAAAGCCGAUUUGACACCAUCAAAUAUCAAGUAUACGUCAAGAGUGAAAGAUCUCACUGUGCUUCCUGACUCUCUCUUUAUUGGCCCUCAUGAAACUCACCUGCAGUUCUUUGUGUGGAAGGAGAUGCUGGGAUCCAUCAAACCAGUUCCUGAGAGUUUAACCCUGAAAAAAUCUGGAGAGUCUUACUUAAAAGUGUCUCCAGGGGGCACCAGAAUCCGACAAGCUGACAGAGCGACUGUUCUGUAUAAAGACUUCAACCCUGGGACAGUUUCAGAGAAAAACUUCAAAGCUGGUCAGCACUACUGGGAAAUAGAGGUGGGAGAAAAGCCAGACUGGACUGUGGGAAUUAAGAUAGGUGCAGAAAAACAGCUGAGUGCAGCAAAGUCUGCUGAGAGUGAGAUCCUGCUCCACCUUAAACACACUAAAGGAUACGUUCUGACCUGUGAUGGAAAGGACACUACAUUGAAUAGUCCAGACAAACCACAGAAAAUAGGGUUGUAUCUGGACUGUGAGAGAAAGCAGGUGUCGUUCUAUAACGCUGAUAACAUGUCUCGACUGACCCGGAUAAACUACAGCUCAAAGCAGCCUUGCUGUCUCACUCUGGUUCCAGGACUUUAUCUGGAUGGAAUGAACAGCGAUCCUCUCUCUGUCUGCUCAUAUGAGUUUAACACUGGCAAACGCUAACAUGCUAGCUCAGUUAUUAGCUGCACAUUUUCUGAGACAUUAUAAAAUGUCUUAGAUUUGAGACAUAUGGGGAUAUCUAGGUCAUCUAAAAUCAGAUUAUAACAAAGAUGUUUUGGGCUUUUUUAUUUUGAGCUUCUUAAUGACACAUCACGAUGAUAUAAACAACUUCUUUUUUUACAUGCAUAUCUUUGCAUUCAUUUUUAGA